CAUGGGAGGACGCGGGUGUAUGGAAGGGAGGGGGCGUGUGGAGUGGAGCCUAGAGUCGCCCGGCUUGGCGGUCUGCUGAGUGAGUAGUGCGCAAGGCAGUAGUAUCUGGUGUGUCGCGUUGUGAGGGUUACUGUCGCUCUCUCGUGGACUCAGUGAAUGGCCGCCUCACUCUCGCGACAAGUGCCGUGGGGACAUGUGCUGAGCCUCUGAUUCGUGAUCUGCGGUACUAGCGGGAUCUAUCUAGUCUCCUCCUUAGUCAUACGGUUACGGACGAGAAAGAGAGCAGGAGGAUGCGCGCCAGCAUGUCUGCCGCCACCUCUGAGCAGCCUGACGUGACCGCCACACUGGGCAAAGUAAAAAGGGCGCCUUCCUCCGCCAGCAGCACCAGCAGCUGUGCCAACAAUAACAACAACAACAAUAAUGACGGCGGUAAGGGAAAGAAGCAGCAGGGGCAGCACACACCAGCAGCAGCGAGGCGGCGGCGGUGGUGCUGUGGCCGUUAUCACCUCAACAGCGUGUGGUCCAUCUGGUACUGCCUGGUGACACUCGGGUUCCUCGCCUACCUCGUGCUGGGCGGUGUCAAGAGGUUCCUGGCAUACGCCGCCCUCCCUUGGCCAAAAGACGAGCAACCCUACGUGGAGCUCAACGCCUACGUGGGCCUGGUGGGCGCCUCCGUGGUGGUGGCGCCUUUCUUCCUCCUCACCUCGUUCCUCAAGGUUGGGAAUCUGGCUAACGACGGCUUCAAGCUAGGCGCCUCCCUCACCAUCUGUAGCAAAGACCCGCCCCCAGUGCCCGUCCACGCUCCAGGCCUCGUCAGGAACCUGUGGCUUCACGGCGUCCCCACAGCGCCCUUCCUGCACCUCGUGGCCGCCUUCUGCCUCCUGCUGCCCCGGACGCUAAUGCAGGCCACCCUUAUCUCCUCCGGCUUCCUUCCCAGGGAUGAGAUUUGGAAGACCGAUCUAGAUUUCCUGGUGCCGCACAACGACAGGUUGAUGGUGCAGAGCGUCUUGAACACAACAUCUCCCAUCAGCGAGGAAGCCCUCCCUCUACCUGCUGCCCUGCGCUUCCCGGAGGCCGCCAAAGACCACACCACGUACCCUCCUCACCCGCAGAGAACGCAGACCAAGAGUAAACAUAAGCAGAACGAUGGGAAAAGUUCCUAUGUCAUGACGGAGAGCAAAGUCUCGCCCGGCACAACCAAGUGGGAAGCGUCCGCGGAGACGGCGGGGAAAGGCUUGCGUGGAUCUAAAGAGGGCGGCACGUGGACAGUUGACACCACGCCCUUGCACGCCCACCUUCCUGAAGUAGGCGACUGGAGCCCACUGUCCCCUGAGCUACUGAAUUACACCAUCGCUCUCCUGGUGUUUGCUAUCAGGUAUCCAUCGGUGUUCUGGCACACCAACAAGGCAUUCGGGUUGCUGUUCUCCCUGCAGUUGAUAAUAAAUGGCAUCCACACCAUCCUUAUCAUCACGGCCUUUACUAUCCUCUACAAGCUUCACGUGUGCGGCAACGGCCAGGAGCUCAGGGGCGGCGAAAGUUUCCUUCUCAACCUGCCAGCGACUGUGGGCUUGCUGCUGGCGGCUGUGAUGUUGGUGACCGUUUCCUCCUCGGCUCUCUAUCUCUACGGCUAUCAGAAGUUCACGCAGUUCGUGGCUCGCAGCAGGCAACGCUACCAUAUUACAUUUGAGCAAGAGCCAGGGUUGGUGAGCAGCUUCCUGCCUCCCUGUGUUGCCCUAGUGGUGCUGGUGGGGCUGGGUUUGACUCAUGGCCCCCUCCUGUGGGACCUGUCACUGGUGUAUCGUGGCUCCCUGGAUGCUGUGGUGCUGGCAGCAGUGAUUGGCACCAUUGUCCAUCUGUUCCUCUGGGUAGUACUGUGGCUCAUCCUCACUGUCAAGUCCAAGUGGACCUUCAAGCUGCGGGUGACAGUGGCCCGGGCCUGUGUGUCCUCGGCACGCUCCAUCAAGCUUGUCAAUGAUGUGGAGCUUGUGAACUCUGAGGGCCCAAGAGGAGGGCAAGCUGCUGCUCCCCUACUGGUAGUAGGGGCAGGCAAGGCCUAUGCCAUCACAGAUGCUGCCCCAAAGAAGACCAUCAUGGGUGUGGUACAGAAGACUCACCAGGAGAAGCGGGCCAGAGGACAGGAGGAAGAGAUCUACUGGCUGCGACCAAGCAAACCAACUCACAGUCAUCCCAAGCCCAUGUCACCCCGCACCAAAGUCACUUUUGAUGAGCGCAACCUUCUCACCUCCCCUAAAAAGGGACGUGGCAGAAGUGGGGAGCGACCCCAGGAGGCCACCUAUCGUCGGGUGACCACUCUGUCAGACUCAGAGGAUGAGGCCGGUGACUAUGCCCUCCUACGAGAGACAGUGGCAAGCCAUGGUGGGUCUGCGCGUGCUCCACAAGAUCCAAGAUAUGUGGACCGCCAGCAGAUCCUAGCAUACCGUCGGGCAAUGGAAGAGCGACUGGCAGGCUCAGGAUCUGCUGCUGCUGUGCCAGACUAUGAGGAUGCUGACCACCUCCACACACAGAGUCCCCAGGCCGCACACCACCUUGACACACAGGGUCCCAUGACACCCCGCAGCACACGUAGCACAGACUCUGGCGUGGUGCCAGAGGAGCAGUCUCAGCGUAGUGAUUCCGUCUCCACCUCUUCCUCCAACACACCACCAGAACACUCUGAGGAGUCUGGGGUCCACUCAGGAGCCACAGAUCUCAUCAGGCACAGGUCAAACAGUGUGGAUGAUCUCACCCAGCUACCACCAGACCCCAACCUGCUGCCAUUGUCUCCCAAGAGUGUCUCACUGCAGCGGCCACCCCUCACCUCCUCCCCUGGUAGCCCUUAUGGGUACAGCUCAGGUCGCACCAUCUCCCCAGGGCCUGGCACUCUCAUGUAUCCGGCAGCAGAGUCCACAGUGGUCAUUCGCCGCCAAAGAAAUAUUACACAAGAUAUCAAACCACCUGUGGAUCCCAUUUAUGGCAGCCGUCCCCUCACCUCCUUCACUGACCAGCAGCAGCAGCAGCAACAACAGCAUCAGCAACAGCAACCACAACAACAACAGCAGCAGCAACAGCAACAGCAGCAGCAGCAACACCAACAACACCAGCAACACCAACAACACCAGCAACACCAACAACACCAGCAACACCACCAACACCAACAGCAGCACCACCACCAACAUCAGCAACAACAACAGCACCACCAACAACACCAUGAUACCAGAAGAGAGGUGGUGCAAGACGACUUACUGGCUGCAGCUCAAAACACCCUCAACAGCAGUCAGUCCACACACUCUAGUGGCUACCAUAGUAAUAGUGCAAAUCCUAGCAGUGGUAGCAACAGCUCAAGAAACUCCCCUGUUCCCCAGUAUCCAGGACCUUCUCUCUCCCCAGGCAGUUCUGUCCUUAACCAAAAGAGCCAGGGUGUAUAUGGCCAACUGGGUCGCACUGGUGUGAGGGUGGGCUCCCACAGUCCACAGGGCAUAUAUGGCCGCACCACAGGAAGUUUGCCUGGCCCUAACAGACUGCCUCAGGCCCCACAAAUUCCCCUUCCCCCUAUUCCUCAGGGCUGCCUCUCCUAUGGCCCUGGUCAGCAAAGUUCCCUCCAGGACAUCUAUGGUCGCACCACAGGCCAAAAGAUCUAUGGUUCUACAGUGGAGUCUGGGGCCACCUGUGGGCCAAGUUCAGCCAGGCACUCAAUGGGCCGAUCAGUGAGCAUGCGUGCUGCCUCUGGAGCAGUUGCCAAGUACAACACACCAAGGGACCUUCCACACUCCUCCCAAGGGUCAUGCUACAAGACCAAUGUGUGAAUUCUGAAUGAACACUGUUGAUCCUCUGUUGAUGGAUGAUGGUGUGAGUGCCAUGUAUAGAGAUGCACAGCUUGGGCAGCCACAGGUCUCAGCCACCAUCUUGUGCUCAAACAAGUGUCUCCUAUACAACCUGCCAGCCGUCCAGCACUGGUGACUCACAGCCAGGUCAGUGACAUGGCCUGACCUGCCACCUCUGGCAUAUAUCAUACAUGUAAGCAUACAGCAUAUUACAUUCUAAGGGAUUGGAAGAUGAUCAGUGUUAGUACAUAUCAUAGCUGGUAACUUUCAGUACAUCUGUCCAGUAUUAAAGUGUUACACCACAUCACCAGACAGUAUUAAUGUGAUACUGACAAGACACCUUCCCAUCUAAUGAAGGGUACUCUCUCAAAUGUGACUAGGACAAGGCAAAACUGCUGAAGAAAGCCAAUGUUGUGUUAAUUUGUACAGUAAUCCCUCCAGUUUGGCAAGUCACUGGUGCUAAAAAAGUCUUGCUGAACUCAGAAAGACCAAACCAAAGAUUUUACUUUAAUACAAAGAAAUCUAGUGUACUAAGAAAUAACCCAAUUUAUUUUCCCACACCUUGUUAUGUAUUUCCCAAUGGAAGAUAAUUACUUUUCAUUGGCAGUGUGGGGUUGGUCACUAAACCUGUAAGGUUUGAUAGUGUAAAUUUCAUCAGUAACUUAGAUUUGCCAAACUUGAAGUGACCUAAAUGGAGGGUUUGUUGUACAUUAUUAUUACUCGUUAUUAUUAUCACUAUCAAUAUUAUUAUGAGUAACUAAUGAUGUAGUGUGGUGUGCUGCCACCAGAUGACAAAGCCAUAUCCAUGGGAACAUGGAACUUGCCUCUCAGUGGUGGUGGUUCUUAUUGUUAUCAUCACCUCCACCUCAUUAUCAAGUAACUUCAUCAUCAUUUAUAAUUUACACUGGCAUUUACUUUUAUAUUUUCAAGUGUUAUCAUCUAUGUUCAUAUAUAACCAAGUGAUUUAUUUUGUCUAGGGUUUAUCUCAUGCCCAGUCCAUUAGUUUUUCCUUUCACAGGAGAGGAAAAGUAAUAAUUCAGCCAAUCGUGUAAUUCAUGUGAACAAAGCUGCAUCUGAUGUGGCAUAAUCAGUUCACAGUACAUAUGAAAAUUUAUCCCAAAGUAAAAUUUCUCCAUUGCUUAAUAAUAAAUUGAGUGAUGCCAAAUACUGCACAUUAAUAGAAUGUGUCUUGCAAAGAGGAUACAUAUCUCACAUAGUUCAAUUAUUGUAAGAUGAAACUAAAUUACUACUGACAAGACACAAUGGUUGAAACCAUCACAUGAAAUUUUGAAUACAGUAAUGAAUGGUGAAUUAGCUUUGCUGUAAUCAUUUUUGUUUUGUGCAAUCUGAAAAUGAUCUCAACUUAGCUCAUUUUUUCUGUGCCAAACUUUUUGUUAUCUGAGUUUUGGCUCAAAUAUGAACCAAAGGAAUAUUUGCAGAUGUACAUAUUAUGGUUAAUCUGGGAGGGUAUGGAAUAGUGUUUUUUUUUUUUUUUUAUGUGCUUGUACAGUGUGUGUGUGUGUGUGUGUGUGGGUGUGUGCGUGCGUGCAUACGUGCGUGCGUGCGUGUGUGUUUGCAUGCAAGUAUGUGUCUGUCACAUGGCAAGCACUGCACCAUUUCAUCCCAGCAUCAACCCUUGGCAUCAGCACGUCACAAAUCCUUGAUGGACCCUAAACACAAACGUCUGUACAAUAUAAGCAAACACUUCCUUGAUUGGAAGAAGUGAUGGAUGGUCUGUAUAUUGCUAGGUUGUCUGUACAAACUCUGCGUGCCCCUCAGUCCUCCAAGUACAACAGCAAACACAAAGAUGAAGCAAAAAGAGUGCUUGCUCUAUAUCACAUUAGGGGAUGUGUGUGUGUAUUUACCUAGUUGUAUUGUACAGGGCACUAGCCUGUGUGUGUGUGUGUGUGUGUGUGUGUGUGUGUGUGUGUGUGUGUGUGUGUGUGUGUGUGUGUGUGUGUGUGUGUGUGUGUGUACUAGUUUGCAGCCCAGGUCUUCCCCCUUGAAGAUUACUUGCACACGCUGUAGUCAUUCAGAAAUGAAUGUCUAAUUGGUGAAAUUUUCUGCCAAAUUUUUGUCUAGUCUUCUGCUUCUUAUUUCCCAAAGACGAAUUAAAAGAACUUUAACUGAAUGUCUUACAAGCUAUGUACUAUAUUCCUUUCUAAAUAAUUGGAUGAAAUUAUUUUUAUAUUUUACAUAGAUUUUUAAAUGUGUGUGUGUGCAUACCUGCCUCCUUGGAAAGGUUCCUGCAUUACAAGUUGGUGUUAUUGUUUUCUCUAAAGAGUCUUGGUGUGGGUUGUUCCUAAGUUAAGGUGUCAUAUGUAAAUAUUUGUAGAGUCCAGGAAUAAAAUGUCUUUGGUCUUUGUGAAA